UUAACCUGCAACCGUUGCGCUGGUCUUUUAUUGGCAAUCACUUUAUCAUGGCACAACAACGGCCACAGACUGUUGCAGAAUCACGCACCACGUAGAGCGGUGGGCGGAUCUGCGGGAGCCAGUAAUCGUUCUAGACUAGCUCUUGUCGGCGUUAGCCAAGCAGGCUAGCAAUGACGGAUUGGAUCGCUCCUAGUCCUACCGGGGUUCGGAUGUUGCGUCGAUAGACAUGGUUUUGUGGAGACCACCCUACAAGGCCUGAGCUGACCUGUCAGCCUUCUGUAGGUUUGGUUUUCACCUCCAACUGUCUGGUGGCUGUCAGCUGACCAUGGUGGUCUAAACGGAGGAACCUCAGGAAGAAGCACAGUGUGUGUUCGCUCUUACCACAGCUAGGUUUGACCAAGAGAGGCGCAGAGAGAGACGGACCAGGACAAAGAUCGAGAAACUCAUUUAAACACAAAAUGUCUCAAAACAGAGAACUGGUGCUUUACUACAUCACGUUUAAAUUGUCUCAGAGGAACUAUCCAGUCAACCACAUAAUGCUCAAUGUGCCCCCGAACAGCACUGGUGCCAGGGAGGCAGAGUUGGACGACGAGCAGACAUUAGAGACACACGCUAAUGGAACUUUUAACGGGAUGAGUGCGGGGUCCCCGAGGCGGCAGCAAGCAUCAAUGGCAGCGCUGGACGCAGUGAAGGUGGCCCUGAGAGACACGGCCAUAGAGUUCGAGCUGCGCUACUCCCGCGCCUUCAGUGACCUGCACAGCACACUUCACAUCACGCCAGCCACGGCCUACCAGAGCUUCGAAAACGUGAUGGACGAGGUGUUCCGGGACGGCGUCAACUGGGGCCGUAUUGUGGGACUCUUCGCAUUUGGUGGAGCGCUGUGCGUCGAAUGCGUGGAGAAGGAGAUGAGUCACCUGGUUGGCAGGAUUGUGGAGUGGAUGACUGUCUACCUGGAUGAGCAGAUUGAUCCUUGGAUCCAGAGCCAAGGAGGAUGGCCAAUGGCCCACCCAGACUCUCAUAAUGCAAAAAGAAGAAACCGAAGACAAGAAGCAGGGGACAGAACAAAGAAAACAUUCACACUGCUGUGACCUCCUGAUGGCACUGGCAAGAAGGCUUUCUGUCUCUGAAUGUGGCCGGAUCGUUGAGCAUCACAAACAAGGCCUCUCGCAAUGACCCAUUGCUGCCAGUGUUGGAUGCAGUCAUUUUCUAUUUCUUCAAGGAUCCUGAGAGUUUUGGGUCAACAUUAAGACGCAGACAGAUCCUUUAACCAAAUUAAGGCCCUUACUGAUACUAACUGCAGCCUCAUAAUUAUCAGACGGCAUCUGUGAGAGAAUGGUUUAAAGAAUAAAAACCCUUUCAAAGGCCA